AUCGAUACCCUCCUCCCAUCACACCCCUCCUCCCCCAAUCUCCUCGCCGCCACCAUCGACGGCACUCCCCACCGCCGCCAUCGAUCCCUCCCACCGUCGUCUCCCUCCCUCAGAUCAAGCUCCCCUCCCCUCUCCCUCCCACCUCUCGAAGCUCCCGCAUCCCACCGCCGUGCACCGUGCUCCUCUGCAGCUUAUACAAUGAUGCAGCCGCCGCUGACUACCACGGCACCUCCUCCCUUCCAGAUCGCGGCCGCCACCUCCCUCCGGUGGAGCACGCCGCCGUCCAUGGCAUCCCCCACACCCUACUCCUCUCGCCCUUCCCCUUUCCCCAUCCAACCAAACCAACCAGCCCACCCGACACCCUUCCUCCUCCAAGAAAGCAAAGCCGCACCCUCUCCCCUCGGAUCCAUGGCGCUGCUCAGCGCCGGCGGCCACGGGCUCUCUCCCAUCGGCGCACCGCUGUCGCCCCCACCCUCUCCUCUUCCCGAGCUGCUCAGGUGGCACCCAGAUCCGCCACUGCUGUCCUCUACAACCACGCCCACACCCACGCCCAUAUUAGAAGGAGGAGUCAGAGGUUUGGGGCGGGCGUGUCGGCGACUGCCUCGUUAGGUACAUCAUCACGGUGGCGCUGCUGGCGUUCAUCUACACCAUGCUGUAGCUGGUGCGGCACGGCGUCCGGCUCAGCGGCGGCCAGGACUUGCUCCACGGCGUCCAGUUCGGGAUGGAGGUGGUGAGCGUCCGCCGCAGCAGGGACGGCGAUGCGGGCUGGAGGCUGAGGCUCGCCUGCACUGGCAGCAAGCUGGAGGAGCUGGCAGCAACUAGUUCGUGCUCAUCUCCGCUCCCUCGGCCUCCUCUGCUUCCACUCCACGGACACCGACGCCCUCCUCUCUGUCGAAGGUCGCCAGAACCAUGAUGGCCAGCGCGCGCGUGUGCGAGGAGAUGACGACGACCCCGACAAGCCCUCCAAAGCCAGGAAGAAGGCCACCGCCAAGGGCGACCAGCUGCCCCAGCACCACCAGCAGCAGUACCUCCAAGGUCAAUGCGGCUAAUGAACGAAUGCUACGAGGAAGAGGUGUUGAUGGAGGUGACACUCCUCUGGCCAUUUCUGCGGCUUAUGGGAUGCCUGCUAUCAUGAGAUAUCUCCUGGGUCGUGGUGCCGAUCCAACUUGGAUGGUGGAACAAAGAAACAAUGAGUUUCUGUGUAACAACUUUGAGGAUUGGAUUAUAACGUGAAUUGGUUUCUGAUAAUCUGUCACUCAAGUGUUAAUUCUAGUCUUGUUUGCUCACAAAUCGAUGAUUUUUGCUAUUAUUACAGUAGGCGCAAUCAACAUUACUUCUUAUGUGUUUCUUUUGCUAUUAUUAUAGUAGGAUGUUGCUAUUUUUUUAUUAGAACAAACAUGAAAUUGGUUGCUCUAUUAAGAAACUCAUUUUUUGUGUGCUAUUUCCUGGAGCUUCGAGUGAAGAGUAGGCUUGCAAUGCCUGCCUUUUUUGUGUGCUA